AUGCAGCGCCUUCGCCUCAACACCACACUUCUUCAAAGCCCACGUCUCUCUCUUUUCCCCCUCAAAACAAUCACAGCAGUUCACACAUCUCCCUUUUCUUCUCUGAUCAUGGAUGGCAACAAACGUCGCUCUGGUCGUGGCGGCCGCGGUGGCAAAAGAGGUCUUCAUUCGCAGUCUCAUCGCGGCGGAAGAUCUGGUCAGAACCAAAACCAGAACCUACCUCAACGUGAGCAGCAGCGAGAUACUCCCGAGACUUUAAACACCGAGGAUGCUGCCCCUUCUUCCACCGCUCUUGCCCCCGAAGCAGGUGCCUUCAGUACACGUCGAUUCGACAGUCUCUUGGAGAACAACAAGGUUGAUCCCGUCAUCGUCCGUACCAUCACAGAUGAUAUGAAGUUCGAGUACAUGACCCCUGUGCAAGCCAGCACUCUGGACGAGCUUCUUCCUCCUCAUCGCAAUGACUGCCUCGUUCAGGCCCGUACUGGAACAGGCAAGACCAUGGCUUUCCUUCUACCCGCCCUGCAGACCAUGAUCAACCAGAAGCGCGGUUCGGGUAGCGGCAUCUCUCUGCUUGUCAUCUCACCAACUCGCGAACUUGCGCAGCAGAUUUCUGCCGAGGCCACCAAGGUUCUGAAGAAUCUCCCUCAGUAUCGCGUGCAGUGCGUCAUGGGUGGAACAAACAAAGAUCGCGAAGAGAGAGCCAUUCUCGGCGGCUGUGAGAUUCUCAUCGCUACACCCGGUCGUCUUUUGGACCACAUGUCCAGCGAGGACAUCCGAUACUGCAUGCGCCACGUUGAUACUCUAGUCCUUGACGAAGCAGACCGUCUUCUUGAUAUGGGAUUCCUCAGGGACCUUCGCACAAUUGUUAAUCAACUUCCCGACAAGGCCGCCACCAACCGCCAAGGCAUGCUCUUCUCCGCCACCAUUGCUCCCCAUGUGAAGCAGGUCGCCGAGCUCGUGUGUUCACCUCAGUACAAGUUCAUCUCGACCAUCCCCGAGGGUGAAGUCAACACCCACGAGCGCGUCCCUCAGUUCCUUGUCAAAGUCCCUAACUUUUCCGACCUGGCGCCCGCCAUGGUCGGAGUUGUUCGCGAGGAGGCAACUCGAGGCCAGGACUUCAAGGCAAUUCUGUUUGCGACUACUGCCGCGAUUGCCGACUUCUACUACAGCAUCCUCGAGGCUACCCCCGGUUUGCCCCCCGUGUCGGUUCUACACAGUCGCAUGUCGCAGAACAAGAGAACGAGAAUCACUAACGACUACCGAACUGCUCGCAACGCUAUUCUCGUAGCUACUGAUGUUGUCGCUCGAGGAAUGGAUUUCCCUGGUGUCACCACUGUUAUCCAAAUUGGUCUGCCUGCUGACAAGCAGAGCUACAUCCACCGUCUAGGCCGAACUGCACGGGCUGAUGCUGAUGGUCGAGGAAUCUUGAUUGUCUCCGAGGUAGAGGCUUUCUUUCCCAAGUACACCCUCAAGGAGAUUCAGUUUCAACAACGUGAGGCCGACCUUUCGCCUACCCAGGACGUCGUCGACCAAGCCUCCAAGAUGGAAGACGACGCAAAGUCCCGCGUUUACCAAGCCUGGUUGGGCUACUACAAUAGCCACAUGAAGGCUCUUCAAUGGAGCAAGGAGGAGCUCGUCCGUCAGGGCAACGUGUUCGCGCAACAUGGUCUCGGAGCUCCCGAAACCCCAGCUCUGCAAAAGAGCACUGUUGGCAAGAUGGGCUUGAAGGGUAUUCGGGGUCUUAACGUCACGGCCGACCGACCUCGUACUAAGCAUGGAGCUCCUGGCGGCCACGGUGACAACGGACGCGGAAAACGAGGACGAAUGUAA